AUGGAUAAUCCUGCUGGUGACUCCAAUGAAGGUAAUUCAACAAACAACAAUAACACUGCUAAUAAUUUCACCUCAGAGCCAUCUUUAGGUAACGACUUGGAAAGCCUUGUGGAUAUGUUUGCUUCGUUAUCAAACACCAUCACUCAGCAUGAUGAUCGCCCUGAUGGACAUGUUAAUCGCGCUCUUGAUGGGUUAAUAGAGGAACUGAUGAUCAUAGGCGGCCAUGAUCGUGAAGAUCUUGUGAUUGAAGAUGAGGAAGAUGUUAGUGUGUUUGCGGACGAGAUGAUGAGGAACGAGCAUGACGAAAUGAUGAGGAACAUCAUCGGAAAUAGUGAAGCUGUCAGACUGGUUCCAGCAACUGAAGAAUCCAUUGAGGGAUUGGAGAAGGUGACUGUUGAACAAAAUGAAGCUGAAGGAAGCACAGAGGGAAAUAAGUAUGACUGUUCUAUUUGUUUUGAAGAUUUUUUGAACGACCCAGAAGCUGCUCGUAUGCCUUGCUCUCAUUUGUUUCACAAAAAAUGCAUCACUGAUUGGCUGCGUACUCGCAAUGCUUGUCCUCUCUGUCGCUUUCAAAUGCCUACAGAUUAA